AUGGCAGAAACAACUUGUCGGCUACUGCGGCUGGCAAAGUUCUGCAUGAUUCGUGAACAUGUAGCACAUGAGCACUCUCCAUAUGUGUUGGCGCUGCCGGAGCCAGAGUGGGUUUCCUUCUUCGCGAGUCUUCAUCAUGGAGCACAAUCAGCUUCCAAGAAGUACGGACUCCAAACUUGGUCGAAUCUCAUACGUCAAUGCCAGGAGAACAAAGAGAACUACUUCGGGAUGGAAACAGCAUUCUUGCAAUCAGCUGGUGGUACUUGCCUUUUUUCGGUUGUGAUGAUGCAGACUUGGCCAAAAUUUGGGCAGAAUCUUAAAGCACUCAUUGAACAAGAGAUCAAUUCUAGGCUUGGGUCUGGUCAGAAGCCGUUGGAGUGUGAUCACAGCAAAGCAGCGCGCGGAAGUGGAAGCUUGAAAAGAUCGGCAUCCGCUGCAUCCUUGAAUUCCUUGAGGCAAUCUGCUUCGUGCAGUAGCUUGCCCAGUGUGGUGAGUGAGGGAACACAUCACGAUGCCAAUGCCGAAGUUUCUGACGCAUCUGCGCCUGCGUCAUCAGCGGCAGACUCACAAGAGAGCCAGAUUGUGGUGCAUGGGAAACGAUUGUCUUGGAAUAGGGAUCUGGCGCCACACAUGGACACGUGCCACAGAAGCUUCCUUGUCAAGCGGAUCAACGACCUUCAAAAGAAGCUUACGCUGUCCAAACAGGAAUUGGCCAAGGCGAAGCGUGAGAAGAACAAAUCCACGAAACAACUGGCUAAUCUACAGCUGCAGAUCCACAACAAAGCGCAGGCAGACGAACAAGUCCUCACUGUUCAGAAAACACCAAAAGGUGUCAGGUUCACUACACGGGGGUACUUGGCGAUGGGGAUAAGAAAGGCUUUGGCGAUCACAUCUGCACUGGGGUUUCCCAUGUCUGCACUCGUCGAUGCUUCCCGGCAGACGGUUGUCCGUUGCGAGGUGUGUGUAUGGAGUGUUCUUGUAGCUCGUACGGGGUGCUUCCAUGAGAUGAUAAAGCAUCGGCUACGGACACUGGCGACCAUUUACGCAUGCAUGAAGAAGGCUGCUGCCGAGCAGAAGGAUCGUUCCGACAUCAACGCUGCUCCUGCUCAUGCAUUGGUUUCAGCUGUUCGGCAGACGAGUGGCUCAGAGUUGCACGAUGACAUAUCGAGAUUUGGUGAGGAAAACGUGGUUUCCAGCGAUUUGGGUCUGGUUCCUAGCUUCGCAUAUGGUGACACACCAUCCUCAUCAUCCUCAUCCGUACCAGACACAGUGUCUAGAUGGUUCUGCACGGGAUCUGGUGGCGGUGUCGCGUCGGAACAACUGGAGCGAGUCUUUUGCCUCGGUGGCACUGCGUUUGCGGGCGAUGCUACGAACAGUGGCAUUUGGCGGCGGAAUAAACUGCAGGGAUUGCUGCUGACCUCUGCCUGUAUGACGGACUCUGUUAGCCUGUCACACCCCACCGAGUACAUGAAGGCCUUUGCAUUUCACACCACAGUGAUUCUCGAGCUGCAUACGCUAGCUGCUAAGGGUCCCGAUCGAAGGUGCGACCUGCAAAUCGUGAACUCUGGCACUGCAGCCAACAAUCUGGCAAUCGUCCUGAAACAACUUCGGACAGCCAAAUGCCCAAACUGGGAAGACUUAGCAGACAUGUUCGAGUUGAUUAACAAGCUUCUUGCAGCUCAUGGCAGAUCGUGGGGUUAUUUUGGUGCCGUUGCGAAGAUCUGUCACACUUGGCGUGCCCAUGGCGUCAAGAUCAGCAAGACAUGGCAAGUGCUGAUCCCGAAACCUUGGGAGUACAAGGGAGCCAGACCUUUGACGUUUGGCUGUGCGCUCAUGUGUGUGCGUGUGUCGCUUGUGCAUGAAGCUGUUAGUUGCUCUGAGGAGUUCUUGUUGACGGGGCCUCCGGACUUCGUGGUCAGAGUUUUCAUGGCUACAUUUGCAACUCGAGCUUACAACGACACAUCAGCCGCAGAAGCCAACGAUCCAGAGCAAGCCGUUCUAGCCGCAAUCGCUGAGUGUGAUGAUGAGCUUGGUAUGGAAGAGGCUCAGGAAUACAGGCAAAAAGUCACGAAGUGGAUUCGUGGUUCGCUGCAAUGUAUUCAAGACAGUCUGUUUUGGUUUGUCAUGGCAGCUGCGUACAAAACACGCGAACCGGUGCGGCACAUGUUCGGUAUACUCUCCAAGUACGCAAAGGCUACGUCGGCAAGAGUGAAAUCACCUUAUGCCCAUCCAUGCCCGUGCGAUGAUUUACCUAUUGUCGAUUUCGUAACGAGGCGGCUGCAACAAAUCGAUGCUGAGUUCAUCGCGCUCCGGACAGGGAUCACAGCAUGGACCAAACAAACAAUAGAAAACCUGCAGGGCAUGCUCUGCUGGAACAACGAGAAUGCUGUCAGCCCUGAAGAGUUGGAGGCACUCGCUCUCAAGCUGCUGUGGCCAUUUCGUUUGUUCUGGUUCCUGAAAGGUGAGCCCACACAAGCUUGUGAUGUGCGGCGAGGUGUAGCUCGGGAACUGCUCGACGCAGACAUCUCUUCCUUGGAGUCGACAACAAGGAAAUUCAGAGAAGCCUGCCAGGUGGAAUUGCAGGCGACAGCUGUGAACGGUUGCGUACGCUUAGAUGGACGAACUCGGGGAUGCCUCAUUCUGGCCGCCGGACUCAUACGACUGGAUAUCCAGGAACUUGAAGGGUUAAACAGUAUGGUGAAAGUUGCUGUAGCCCGUAGCAACAACAACAGAAUCACACUCGAAUUGCUGACGGCGCGUGUCUGCACGCGAAAGGUUUUGGCAUUGCACACGGACGGGGCAAUACGUUACAAGAGUGUGAUUCCAUGUGCAGCCUCAUUGGCCCGCAGUGCCUACUUGCACUAUGGCAACCACAUUGAUCUCCUCAAGGACACAUCUCGCUGGGAGAUUUGCCGUGACGGCAACCUGCAUGCAGGCGACCCUACCAUCUACAACCCCGCUUUGCAAACAACUGCAGAACACAAAUGGGCCAUGAAAUACAACAGUCAGCUGAUGAAGCGUUUGCGAGCCCACGACAAGGACAGAUUGCGGCUGAAAGACAGUGUUCUCUCGUUGGUGCUGCCUGGCCCGGCAGCACAGGUUGAUGCUGAGAACGGUCACGGUCACAAUCCAGCAUCAGAGGUUUGGAUCUGUUGUGGCGUCACGCGAUCGCAAACCAUGAUGCUGAACCCUGAUUCGGGAAAGUUCCAGCUGUCGGUUGCUCUGAUUGCGUCCUUGUACAAGCAGGUGGAAUCGGCCGGAAAACACAUCAAGCUCAAGCUGCACACACAGGUCUUGACGUCAUCAGGGGGGGUGUUGAGGCAGCAGGGUGAAGCCAGCUUGUUGUGUGAACUGCGGGGCCGUUACAAGCGUGAAGCUGGGUCUCGGGAUGCAGCAGGUAUACUUGCAGAUGGGGAUGACGAAGAGGAGGACAUGUCUGGGGAAGAUGAUGAAGAAGUUCGACAGGUGGGUGACUUGGAGAACAUGAGCAAGGAUGAUGAGCUCAAAAUGCUCAUGGGUUGGGAAGAUGAACUUUCCAACGAUGAUCUCGAACCAGGUAAUGACGACACAUGCAGCGACGUAGGCAGCGAAGAUGAACACAUGUGCGAGCUAGAGUCUCUUAAUGUCAAGAUGGCGAUCUCAGCAGCCAACCAACAAUCUGAGGCGGACUUUGAAGGUUGCACGGAACGUAUUGCUGAGGAUUGCGACUGCUUAAAAAGUGCAGUUUUCUCGACGCUGUCGCCAGUGGAAGCAGAAACCGAAGCAUACUUACAAGAAGUACUGCUGAGCAGGCAUCAUAUGCACGCUGAACAGGGUGAAGAGGCACCAGCGCCAACAUCAAGGGCAUCACCAAAGGACACAGUGUCAGAACACCAUCGUGAUUCCUUCAGGCCCCUGUUCAAACCAGCUGCUUCAGCUGUGGAUGAUUUCCGAGCAACGUGGAGACAUUGUUUUCAAGAUUCGUGUAAAGCUUUGCAGUACAUGCAUGAGAACUCGAAGCGACAGCUUGGGGACAAUGGUAGCUUGGAUGCAAUUGGCUUCCAUGGCUUCACUUGUGCUGCUACUCGCUUGUUUGUUCGGCUUGUUGUAUUGCAUGCAUGA